UAUUACCUUAACUAAUUUGUCAGGUUCAACCUCCAAUCACACUUUAUUACUGUUUUAAACAAAAAUUAUAAAACCAACCAUAAACUCGUUUCUUUGCAUUGAGUUCUGUUCUUCUGUGAGAAUCUAUUUUGCGAUUCAGAAAAAAAAGAAAAAAAUGUUAGCAGUUUUUGACAAAUCUGUGGCGAAGAGUCCAGAGGGUUUACAGAGUCCUGAAUCAAACUCAGUUUCAUCACUCAAAGAUGGUUUUUUGGCUCAACAUUUUGCAUCUCUAAACCCUUCUUCUGUUACCCUUAAUCUUGCUUCUUCUGGUCUCUUAGCUUAUUCUGUUCACAAAGACAACCCUUUACUCCCUAGGCUGUUUGCAGUUGUGGAUGACAUCUUCUGCUUGUUUCAAGGCCACAUUAACAAUGUUGCGAAUCUUAAACAACAAUAUGGAUUGAACAAAACAGCAAAUGAGGUGACCAUUAUUAUAGAGGCUUACAGGACUCUGAGAGAUCGUGGUCCCUAUCCGGCUGAUCAAGUUGUGAGAGAUUUCCAAGGCAAAUUUGCAUUUAUCCUGUUUGAUAGUAGUUCAAAAGCUGUGUUUGUUGCUGCUGAUGCUGACGGGAGCGUUCCCUUCUUCUGGGGAAUUGAUGCUGAUGAAAGUCUAGUUCUUUCAGAUGACACGGAGAUUGUUCGUAAGAGCUGUGGCAAAUCUUAUGCACCUUUUCCUAAAGGAUGCUUCUUUACAACUUCUGGAGGUUUGAGGAGUUUCGAGCAUCCGCUUAACGAGCUGAAGCCGAUACCAAGGAUUGAUAGUUCUGGUCAGGUCUGUGGUUCAACUUACAAGGUCGAUGCUGAUUCUAAGAAGGAAACAACCGGCAUGCCAAGAGUUGGGAGCGCUGCUAACUGGUCUUCUGAUUACUGAUUUCAACUCCAUUUCGUUUGAACUACUAAAGGCAUCAUUUGUUCCUGUUAUCAUCAGAUGAGACUUGCAAUCUAAAUAUUAAGAUGAUACUUUCUUGGCACAUAUGAUGUAAUAAUAUCGACUUUCGCAUUGAUUUUUUCGUGGAAUGUUGACAAUUUGAUGUAGUUAUUUGGAUCUUAUUUACUUUGACUUUGUUUUACUCCUACAUAAACUGUUAAUGUGAUGGAUAUUCAAA